UGCAGCACUGGAAGCUGAACAGGCCCAGCAGUUUUGUUAGAAGAAGAGCAAGGAGAUUUUAGCGAAAAGGGGAUGUGAGAAGGGCAGGGCUAGGAAAGAUAUAAAUGUAUAUAUGUUUGCACAAUGCUGAGAAUAGAGGGAAGUCAGAAGAACCGCUAGAUAAAAGUGCCAGUGCCUUCACGCAGAGGCCAUCAGUGCCACUGCAGUUUGUUGACAUGGAUUAUACAAAACCUUGCUGUAAGAACUGAUCCUUUUACCGUACGUCUUACCAUGACAGAUUUCAUUUCCCUUUUUCAUUUCUGUCCUUAUCCCUGUCCCAAUCACCAUCGUGCUUCCUCUUUGUUAUUCUCAGUUGUGCUGUCUUAUGAUAUGAUAUGCAUCUCUUGCCACACUUGCUUCUCACAUCACUUCAGUCCCCAUUGACACUUCAUUUGGCCACAACCCUGUCUUCUCUCUCUUCUCUGCCUUUACAACGGAUGGGCUCAGUAACGUGAAGGACAGAUUAUUUGUUUCCCUGAUGAUAACUCCAAGCUGAUUCCUCACUGCAAAUGAACAGCUUGUCAAAGAUGAGGCUUGGCAGAGCAUCUUCUUGCUAUCUCAACUAUGGAAGGCCAGCUUUGUGCUAACCCAGAGAUUUCUGUGAAAAAAGCUCCAGGAGCAAGUCCUCCAUCCUUCAUUGCUUUGCUGAAAGUGCACCGAGAACUUCUGGUCAGUAGAAUCCGAAACACACAGUGUUUGAUUGACAACUUGAUUAAGAAUGACUACUUCUCCACUGAAGAUGCAGAGAUUGUUGUCCAAUUUCCAACUCAAGCAGAUAAGGUUCGCAAAAUUCUAGACUUGGUUCAGAGCAAGGGAGAAGAAGUCUCCGAAUAUUUCAUCCUUGUGCUGCAGAAAGUCACUGAUGCUUACUACGAACUUCAACCUUGGCUGGAUGAAAUAGGUUACAAGCCUUCAGAGAGUAUUUGUAGUAAACCUGUGGUAAAUACAGAUCCAGUUAGCAGGUAUUGCCAGAAACUCAGAUAUGAAUUGGGACGGGACUCCAAGUUUGUUACGUCAUAUGCUCAGAGGGAAGAGAUGUUGCUUGAAGAAAUCUACUCUGACAGUAUUAUGGAGCUGGUCAGUUUUACCAAUGACAGCCUAGGCAAAGUGUGUCAAUUAGAAGCCCUUUUUGAUGAUGCAGUUGGAGUAAUCAAUGAAGAUGGAGAGACUAUUUAUGUCUUUGGUGAUGCAGGAAUUGGAAAAUCCAUCUUGCUGCAAAAGAUACAAAGCCUUUGGGCCAAAAAGGAAUUGGACAUAGGGGCCAAAUUUUUCUUCCGUUUCCUAUGUAGGAUGUUUAGUUGUUUUAAGGAAGAUGAAGUCAUAUGUUUGAAAGACCUACUCUUCAAAUAUAAUUGCUACCCAGACCAGGACCCCACAGAGGUGUUCCAUUACAUCUUACAAUUCCCUCAUACAGUUCUUUUCACGUUUGAUGGCUUCGAUGAGAUCUAUUCCAACUUUGAUCUCAGUAGUGUUCCUGAGAUGUGUUCGCCACAUGAAGCCAUCCACCCCCUGGUGCUGCUGGUAAGCCUUCUCAGAGGAAAGCUGCUUAAGGGAUCCAAGAAAAUUCUUACAGCGAGGACAGGAACUGAGAUCCAAAAAAACAUCAUUAGAAAGAAAGUGUUGCUCCGUGGUUUCUCCAGCAAUAACCUGAAGCAGUACACUACCAUGUUUUUCAAAGAUAUGGGGCAACAAACCCUGGUAUUGAACCAGUUGGAAGCUAACCCCUUUCUCUGCAGUUUGUGUUCGGUGCCUUUAUUUUGUUGGAUUAUCUUUAAAUGCUAUGAACACUUCCAUUCCAUGUUUGACAGCCAUGAGCUUCCAGCCUGUUCUGUUACAUUAACAGAUGUAUUUUUGCUCAUGAUUGAAGUCCAUCUGAACCGAUCUCUGAAAACAAGUUUGCUGAAGAACAACACCAGGAGCCAAGCAGAGAUGUUCAAAUCAAGAAAGGAAACUCUCCUAGCUUUGGGUAAAAUGGCAUGUAAAGGAAUGGAGAACUCUUCCUUUGUCUUUGAGCAGGAGGAGGUCUCAUCAGCAAGCAUCUCUGAAGAAGAUUUGCAAUUGGGCUUUCUCAGGACAGUUAAAGGUUACAGUGGUUGUAACAAUCAGUCCACUUACGAGUUCUUGCACUUAACCCUUCAGUCUUUUUUCACAGCUUUGUUUCUGGUGAUGGAGGAAAAAGUGGAUGCCAAGGAAUUACUUCAUUUUUUCAAUGAGUGUUCUUCCACUGAGACUGCCCAGCCUACUUGCCUUCCCAUUCCUUGGUUGAAGAAACAAAUAGCAGGGAAGGAUCCUUUCCGAAAUAAUGAACACUUUCAUUUUACCAACCUGUUUCUUUGUGGCCUGCUUUCUAGAUCAAAGCAGAAGCUCUUCAGACAUUUAGUUUUGCCUACAGUCAUUAAGAGGAAGAGAAGGGCUCUCAUCACAUACCUCGGGGAGAGCAUGAAAUCCCACCUGAAAGGCCUCACUCGAUCCAGGCUUCAAAACUACAACCAGCUCCAGGUCCAGCCUAACUUUGUUUGGAUGCUGAGGUGCCUUUACGAGACUCAGAAUGAGAAAGUGGGGAAGUUGGCUGCCAAACGUAUGCACGCCAACUACGUCAAGCUCACAUACUGCAAUGCCAGCUCUGCUGACUGCAGUGCUAUCUCCUUUGUCAUGCAUCACUUUCAAAAGCGCCUGGCUCUGGAUUUGGACAACAACAACAUCAAUGACUAUGGAGUAAAAGAGCUGCUACCUUGUUUCAGCAAGCUUGCAGUGAUCAGGCUUAGUGUAAAUCAAGUCACAGAUCACGGAGUAAGGAUCUUGUAUGAAGAACUCUCCAAGUACCAAACUGUGACUUACUUGGGCUUAUACAACAACCAAAUCACUGAUGUUGGAGCCAAGUAUGUUGCAAAACUAAUUGAAGAGUGUUCAAGCCUUGAAUAUGUUAAAAUAGGAGCAAACAAAAUAACGAGCGAAGGAGGGAAAUGCCUUGCCCAGGCCAUCCAGAAGAGCAAGACAAUGUUUGAAAUUGGGAUGUGGGGUAAUCACGUUGGAGAUGAAGGAGCAAAGGCGUUUGCACAGGCCCUGAGGAACCACCCCACGUUAACAAAUGUGAGUCUGGCAUUCAAUGGAAUCACGACAGAGGGAGGCAAGAGUAUUGCUGAAGCUAUGCAACACAACAACUCCGUGAGAAUAUUCUGGUUGACUAAAAACGAGCUGGAUGAUGAGGCAGCAAUGAGUUUUGCAGAGAUGCUGAAGGUCAACAAGAAACUGGUGCAUUUAUGGCUUAUCCAGAAUCGAAUUACAGCCGAAGGGGUGAAGUACCUCAGUGAAGCUCUCAAGGAGAACACAGCUAUUAAAGAAGUCUGUUUGAAUGGGAACCUGAUAAGCCAAGAAGAGGCCAAAGCUUUUGAAAACGACAAACGCAUCGUUUGCUUUUGAAUGAGGACUUUCCCAUUUUGACAAGUGUCAUGUUACAAAGGUUACUCCUACGCUUGGACUGCGGAGUUUAUAAAGGUACAAUUCUGCAGUGCUCAUGGCAGGAGAGAGAAACGUGAUUAGCUGCCUUUUUAUGAACAUGCCGUACUCCCUCAGCACCACCCCUUCCCCUGCCUGUUUUUCGUAAUCCUUUUGGUGAGUGGGAAGUUGCCUGGGUAAAUAAUUAAUGCUUGUUUGGGGCUUUGAAGAUGAAAUGCAAAGUGUUAACAGACCAAAUCUGCUGGCAGGUGUAUGCAGUUUGAUAAUUGAGUUUAGAUUUAUUCUGUACACUGAUGUAAAUAAUCGCUAACUUAUUUAUAUACAUAAAUAUACACACACACACAUAUAUAUGCAAGAAAGGGCGCAAGACGCACAAACUCCACAAGCUCGCAGUAUUAUCUGCUCAUAAAUUAAAAUGAACACACAUAGCUUUAUUUGGAGCAGAAUCCAUCUCUAAUCAUUGUGUGGUACCAGUGUUUUCAACAUUAAUACCUUUCUUCUGUCUAGAAAUUAAGCCCUUAUUUCUCCUCUGUCUCCAGGCAGUGGUGUAGAUGCUGGCGCUUUUUUGUUGUUGUGUUUUUUUGAGAAAUGGAUACAUCAGGCUCGGAUUACUUUCAAUAAUCUUUUUUUUUGUGUUGAAGCCAAUACAUUUUCUUUCGUACAACCAGAAGUCCUUACUGCCAUCACAGUAAAAGCAUAAAACUGGCAGUAAAAACACUUCUGCUGAAAAUUUCCCGAGGGCUGGAGAGAAACUGCUACCUCCUGUUUGCACAGUGUUUGUUCUGGGGAGGGGGCCUGGAGAUAAAUGUGAAAUAUUAAUUAGCAGGCUGUUCAGUGCCUUGGCUCUCGGCCGAGAUGCCGUGCCGGUGGCAAUACAGCAGUAGUGAGUUGCCCAGCUUCAGUGGGGAGAAAGGAUGAUUGAAAAUCAAUUGUGACAAGUAGAAAUCCCUUCUCCCAGCAACAUGUAAGCACAGAGAAGGACUGAGAUUUGCUUGGAAAGCUUUUAUUCUGCACUUGAAUUAGUGGAAGGAGCGAGGCAAAGGGCAGGUAGCAAUGGUAAAAACCAGCAAGAAAACAUUAUUUCCCCCCCCCGCAAUUAGCGUUUAGGGAGUGUAACUUCAGAUGCACUUAAAAAAAAAACGUUUGCAAAGGAAUGGUGUAUUUAUAUUUUGUGUGUGUGUAAAUGUGACAUGCUGUAUAAAGGUAAACUCAAAUUCUACCCCACAGUGUGUACAAGGAACCUAAAACGGAAAAGCACGAUCCCUUUUCCUUCUUCUGUGUUACCACCCCUGCAAAACUUGGAGAAACAAUUCUCCGGUCGCUGCCUUACCCACAAAACCUUGGUAGGCUGGAAGAAGAGUCUCCAGUUAAAAUGCCAAACCAAUGAGCCCUCACCUUCCCAUCUCCCAAAUCUGCCUCAUAAAGCAAAACAUGAAAGAAGGUUUGCUUUGUAGGUUGGAGUUUCUCCAUUUCUAGGUGAUAGCUGAUGUUUCCCAAGCCCCAAUUCUGUCUGUUCCCUUCAGCUCCCCAACACAUUUUCAAAGUCACAGCUUUUCACCAAACCCACAGUUUGUUUCUUCUUUUUUUUAAAAAAAAAAAAAAAAAAGAAGAAGAAGAACUUAGUGCUCAUUAUUUUUGAGUGGCUUUGCCUCCCUGUCCAUGAUAUCAGCACUGAUUUUUCACAGGGAGACAGAUGAGGCUUUUGGCCUGUACCAGGGGAAAGUCAGCUAACGUGAAUGAUCUCUGCACCUGAGCCAUUUGUUUGCAGAGGCAAAAGGGAACACAGUUACUGAAGAGCUGGAGUUCAACAGUGAAAGGAUCUGCCCAAGCCAGUCAUUUAAAGGCUUCUCAGCGACUUUAACAAGUCGGACAACUGUGCACUACCAAAAUGUUAUUCCUGUUUGGCCACCCUGCCCUCAUGGCAGGGAGGAAACAGUGGUGCAGAAGGGCCUUCACCAGAGGUGGCAUUUGCCUGUGUUGAAAGGCAGAGUGCUCUCAGUUUGCUCUAAUAAUUGAAUUACUUGCUAAUUUACCUGGUAGAAAAUAUCAUUUAAAACUCCAGCCCCUGUCCUCAUUUCACCAGUAGGCUAGAGCAGUACAAAGUGUCCCUGACAGUUCUCUCCAAGCUUUCCAGUGCAGACACUUCUGCCCCUUUUGUUUUUGGUCCAGAGCAGCUUUUGGAGCGAGACAACAACCCCAACCCCGUUGCAAAUCCUGUUACAUGCCCGGCUGUUAACAGCCAGGUCACCGUGUUCAGGGACAGGAGCAUCUAUGGGGCUGCAGCCACUGAACUCAGAGUUAAGUGGUGGCAGAAUCAAUCCCAGCUCCACACAGGACAGAGUUUGGCACCGAUGAUGGUGCCAGUGACCGUGCCAGUCACAGCCACUCAUUGCAGAGGCGAUUUUGGGCUGUGAGCACUCAUUUAGGCUGGACUGAUGAUCUGAGCACAGCUCAGUGUGGCUUUGACAACACCAAGGAGUUUCACAGCAUCCUGCUCCCAGCUCGCCCAGGGCAGAGGGUCUGUGCCCCACAGCAUGUCACAGCUUUGGGAAGCUGCUGCUGGGGAAAGGGGUUGCUGCUCUGGGAGCAGCUGGAGUUUCCUUGCUGAUGAGCACAGUAUUUCAGGCUGCGAUUCUUUCUUCGUAGUCUUACUGGACUAUUUGUGGAGUGCGCCAGAGCAUUUGCAGCUUGAAGCCAGACCCUUGUUUACUCAAGUUCAGAGACAACUGUAACUUUUUUUUAAGACUUGUUUGUAAUUUGCUAAGACCUUCUCUGAACGCGGCGUUAUGUUUCUUCCACUUGUCCACUGUGAUAAUAAACAGCUUUUUAAAGAACUCC